UUCGCGAACACUGAUUGGUUCAGAUUUAGUCGCAUCUAAAUUGCGUCAAUCUCAGUUGCAUCAACACGUUUUACAGUUGCCGAAGUCUUCCAAUUCUUGAGGUAAUCAUGGCGAAGAAUAAACAAAAAGGCAAAAGGCAGCAAAAUGUGUUCCGAGUGGCCAACAAACAGACAAAACAAAAGAAUAAAGCAAAACCUGUCACUUCAACUCUCAAACACAUCAAUGCAGUGAAAAACGAGAAGGUGGAGAACCUGAAUAAAAUAUUUACAGAGGUCCAACGGGAUGUCAAAAGUGUAUCAAAAUGCACUGCUCCAGAGCCCAGAAAGCCAACACAGGUUGUCCGUGAAGCACCGAAGGAGUCUGCGAAUGUGGACAGCGCUGCCCAGCUGUUCUCUCAGCUAUAGUGCAGAAUGGCUGCAUGAAAUGAAAUCUAGUUACAAUUCGAACAGUCCACACUGCCACAUUCACAUAAGGGGCAUCAUCGCCACCUUGUAGAGAAUGUAAUAUGACUAAUAUGAUAUGUAAAUAUGGUGGUAUAAAAAAUUGUGCAGAUGUGCUGAAGAAUGUAAAGGACUCAUUUGUGAGAGGUUGACACUUGCUGUAAAAUUGUAGAUUUCCUGUUGGAUACAUCUGUCAAAUAUAAUGAUCAACAACCUUAA